CCCACAUAGCCUUGUAUGGCAGCACCUCUGCCUGCUAGCUUUUUAUUUUAUUGGGAUAUCUGGAGGACUAUUUGGAAAGGCUGUGUUGCACAAAGGUUCUCUAAGGAAAUGGUCUCAUGGUACCAAGUGACGUGUCCUUCUUGCGAGAUCCAGUCACCAGAACCCCCAGAGAAGAUGUCAGGAGUGCAGGCUGUCUGGCCAUCUGGUACGGAAUGUAUUGCCAAAUACAAUUUCCAUGGCACUGCCGACCAGGACCUCUCAUUCAGCAAAGGGGAUGUCCUCACCAUCAUCUCAGUCACCAAGGAUCCCAACUGGUACAAAGCAAGGAACAAAGUGGGCCGUGAGGGCAUUAUCCCAGCCAACUAUGUGCAGAAACGGGAAGGCGUGAAAGCUGGAAUCAAGCUCAGCCUGAUGCCUUGGUUCCAUGGGAAGAUCACGCGUGAACAGGCAGAGCGGCUGCUGUACCCACCAGAGACGGGCCUCUUCCUCGUGCGAGAAAGCACCAACUACCCAGGCGACUACACCCUCUGCGUCAGCUGCGAAGGGAAAGUAGAGCACUACCGCAUCAUCUACUCUUCCAGCAAGCUCAGCAUCGAUGAAGAGGUCUAUUUUGAAAACCUCAUGCAGCUAGUGGAGCAUUACACUUCAGAUGCUGAUGGGCUCUGUACCCGCCUUAUCAAGCCAAAGGUCAUGGAGGGCACCGUGGCUGCUCAGGAUGAGUUCUCACGCAGUGGAUGGUCCCUCAACAUGAAGGAGUUGAAGCUGCUGCAAACCCUUGGCAAAGGGGAGUUUGGAGAUGUGAUGCUGGGCGAAUACCACGGGAACAAGGUUGCCGUGAAGUGCAUUAAACAUGAUGCCACCGCACAGGCCUUCCUGGCUGAAGCUUCAGUAAUGACACAGCUACGGCACAGUAACCUCGUGCAAAUGCUGGGGGUGAUUGUGGAGGAGAAAGGUGGCCUCUACAUUGUCACAGAGUACAUGGCCAAGGGAAGCUUAGUUGACUAUCUUCGCUCCCGAGGGAGGUCUGUGCUAGGGGGAGACUGCCUGCUGAAGUUCUCCCUAGAUGUCUGUGAAGCUAUGGCAUAUCUGGAAGCAAACAAUUUUGUUCAUAGGGACUUGGCAGCACGGAAUGUACUGGUCUCAGAGGACAAUAUUGCCAAAGUCAGUGAUUUUGGGCUGACGAAAGAAGCUUCAUCUACCCAAGACACGGGCAAGCUACCGGUGAAAUGGACAGCACCAGAAGCACUUAGAGAAAAGAAUUUUUCAACCAAGUCAGAUGUGUGGAGCUUUGGGAUACUUCUCUGGGAAAUCUACUCCUUUGGACGAGUGCCUUACCCAAGAAUUCCUCUGAAGGAUGUAGUUCCUCGCGUAGAGAAGGGGUACAAAAUGGACGCUCCCGACGGCUGCCCGCAGAUUGUCUACGAGGUGAUGAAAAAGUGCUGGAACUUAGAUCCUACUCACCGGCCGUCCUUCCACCAACUACGGGAACAGCUAGAGCAUAUCAAAGCCAGUGAGCUUUACCUGUGAGGUAGACGGGAGGGCGGGCUUUUCUUCGGACGCGCCUUCUCCAUCACUUCCUGUGAUCCCCUCCUGUGCACGUGUGUCGGGGUAGGGCUGGGCGAGGGACUGAGCGAAGCGAUGUUAUUAUUAUUAUUUUCCAGGAAUCCGAAUUCCUCCACUCAAGGGACUGUACUUCAAGAAACAUACGGGACUUAUGUGCAUAGUCUCCCCCCCUGCCCCGGCUGGUGGGUGGGGAGAUGGUUAAUUCCUCCUCCUUCAAGGAUGGCUUAUCUUUUUAGCUUUUUAAUUUUUCCCCCCUCCAGCAAAAUCAUCUGAAGAUGCACACAAGAAAGAGUUUGUGAAUUUGAUUUUGUUGGGUCUCUGGUCCGUAAUAAAGAGAGAGAGAGAGAGAGAAAAUCUUGGAGUGACCACCCCAUCUUCCUAUUCUUUCCCGCAUCCCAUAGAAAUCCCCAAUUCACCGGGGAAGGGCAUGACAACAUUUUAGUAGCAUGUUCUUCACCUUCCCAUCCCAAAUUCCACCCUGCAAACCAACCUCCUGCAUCCCAACCCUUGUCUACCUUCCACUUUUUUUGCUUCUCCCUUGGAACCAGACUUGGUGCCUUCAGUUCCUACAGAGAGGAAUAAGAAGGCCACGUAAUGCCAAAACAACACCAGGAGGAGAGGUGGGCAAGGAAGACUUUUUGGGGUGGCAUGAAUGUCCUCCCCAUCUCAGUACUUCUCCAAACAUCUGGAAAUACCCAAAUGUCCAAUCCAGUAUCCUUAUCCCUGACUUUUUUUUAAAAAUGUUUUUUGUUCAAUUUUUUUAUUUUUGGUUGAUUUUUUAUUAUUAUUAUUAUUAUGUCAAACUGCACCAGGAAAUCAGCUGUUUUGCUGGGUUUUAUUAAAGUUUUUUUUUGGGGGGGGGAAUCUUAUUUUUUAAUGUAAUGGUUAAAAAUAAUGUUUAAACACACAUACACACACACAUACACGCAAACACAAAGACACCUGCUCUCAAACUUGGUAAACUCGCCCCACUCCUUGACCAAAUGUAGGUGGGGCGAGUUUAAAACUGCAAAGCCACCGUGGACAACUGUGGGGUUGUAUUUUUUUAAAAUUUUUGCUUCAAACAGUGUUUGCAUGCUGUCUCCAGAGGCCUUUUCCAGUCCUGUCUAGUGCUUUAUGCUCAUAUAAUGCUGCCAACUGUGAGAUUAAACUGUAAUAAAACCAUUCCAUACGAACACAUUA